AUGGCCUUCUGGGUGGUAGGCGGGGGAAAUCCGCUUGGUGACGCUGCCGCUUCGUCCACUGCUGGCCAGGUGGCUGCUUACAUCAAGCGCGGCAGCUAUGCCAACGGCUCUGAGGCUCUCGGUCCCAAUGGCAAGCGAAGGGGCUACGAGUAUGCAGAUGGAACCGCGUCUGCCUGCAGCAAUGCGGGUUGUUACGGCUUCACCAAGAGGCCGCGGCUGGACGACUGGGGCCAAGUCAUCGGCUACCAUGGCAAGGGCUAUCAUGUUGCCGGCUGCGAGCACGAGCAUUCCGGCGAUGCUGCCAUGCCCGAUGCCUCCUCGAUACACGUCAAGAACCUCGCCUUCCUCGUCAUCCGGGAACAUGAGCCGUCUCCGCCUCCGACACCGCCCCCACAGUCGGACCACCGAACCGGAUUCCCUCCGCCGCCUCAUCUCGGCCCGUCCUUUAUGUCUGCUCCCAUGGAACGCACCCAGUCUGGUCUGUCUAUCUCGUCGGACACGUCUGCCGUCGAACCUCCCUGUGACCAAGAAGGUGACUGUGACCUUCACGACCACCCGCCGCUGCUGAGCGAUCUCGCUGCUGCCCGGCUGGUGCGGCGCCAUGUUGCCAACAUUCGCAGGUGGAGGCAUCGCGAUUCACAACACGGGCGUAUUCUCAAGGCCCUUAUCAACCCCAAGUCCAGAGAGGCUGACUUCCCACUCGACAACGAUGCUCUCCGGAGCAUUUUCUCUGCCGCUAACGAGCUCUUCUUCGCCAACAAGUUGACGCAGAGGGUCACCUGGGACUGGAGCCACCCUGCCAGUGCACAAUACGAGAGCCACAUCGUCGGCACCACGGCUCUACGCCGCAGUGUACGCCUGGGUGGCUAUGAAACCCUCAUCGUGCUGUCAUCGCCAAUUCUCAAAGACACAAAGUACAACCGCCGGCUCCUCAUCUCCACCUUCUUACACGAAAUGAUUCACAGCUUUUUAUUCAUCGUGUGUGGCAUCACGGCCCGGCACCAAGGCGGCCAUACAGAAGGCUUCCGCCAGAUUGCCGAGAUCAUCGAUGACUGGGUUGGGAAAGAACACCUUCGGCUGCGUGACAUGGAGGCCGACCUUGAGCGCUUCAUUCAUGAAGACCAGCCUCCCGCCAUAGCUGGGUAUGCCUCUGCGGGCGGCGGCUCAACCCACUUGAACAAUUAUCAUUAUUAUGACAACAGUAACAAUAACAACAACUCUACCCCGAUAUGGCCCGUCUCCGAGUGGCACCACGCUGAAACUCGAGACUACCGAACCAUCGAAGCGCCUCAGCCCUAUACACGAUAUCCCUCCAACCAGGACGAGUGGGAAUGGCACGACAGAGAGGGGUUCCCGGCCCAUGUACUCCCUUCUUAUCAUUACUAA